UAGGCGGUGACAGAUGGAGAAUCAGUGAGCUGAAAGACGUUGGGAGAACAGAAAGAGAAAAGGAGAGUGAGGAAGGAGAAAGAAGGGAAUGGAUAAGAUGUUUUAGGUUGUGGAUGUUUCCUCUGAUUUAACUGUAGAUGUUCGGUGUCUGCACGGUGGAUUCAGAGGACAGCGGCUCAGCCUUUGUGCUCCCUAUGGGUUUUUGUCCCUGGAUGCUGGAGGGUUGAUACAGAGGGAUUUCCAAUACGAUGAUCCAGCUCUGCUGCUCACCUGAACACCUGAGCUGCAUGGACACAGUGGAAAGGUGUGAGAUGACAUCAGGGAAUGAGAACAACCGCACAUGUGAGAGUGAGCUGAUCCAACAAACUCAUACAGUACAGCAGCUCAAGUGACCAUCCCGAGUCACUGUAGCAACCUCUGAAACUGGUGGAUGUUAAGGAUUGCCUUUGGAGUUAAAGAAAAGACUCAACGUAACAACAGACCUAAGGAGAACUGUUGAACCAAUUAGCAGAGGUGGGAGCUGAGAGUGACUGGCUGGUGGGGGAGAAAUGUUCGGACUGGGUGACCUUGCGGCCCUGACACUUAUGUCAUUACUGCUGCUACUGGGGCAGGAAGCUGCAUCCAUCGAAGUUCCUGAUGAUCCAAAGAUUCUGCAAAACCUGAAGCAGCCCCCUACUAUAAUGAAACAAUCAGUGAAGGACUAUAUUGUUGACCCCAGAGAUAACAUCAUCAUUGAGUGUGAGGCCAAGGGCAACCCAGUGCCAGU